AGCCGAGCUCCUCCCCUUGCAGAGAGCUGCGAGGCGGCCGAGCCUAGCUGUGCUGCCUCCCGUGGCCGCCCCUCGGCCCCGGGGCUGAGUCGUGGUCCCACAGCGGGUCGUAGGAUGGCGUUGAAGCGGAUCCAGAAGGAAUUAACUGACUUGCAGAGGGACCCUCCAGCCCAGUGCUCAGCAGGACCUGUGGGAGAUGAUUUAUUCCACUGGCAGGCCACCAUCAUGGGCCCGAAUGAUAGCCCUUACCAAGGUGGUGUUUUCUUCCUGACUAUUCACUUCCCUACAGAUUACCCUUUCAAACCGCCAAAGGUCGCUUUUACAACCAAAAUUUAUCACCCUAACAUCAACAGCAAUGGCAGUAUCUGUCUUGACAUCCUGAGAUCUCAGUGGUCUCCAGCAUUAACAGUAUCAAAAGUUCUGUUAUCCAUCUGUUCCCUGCUCUGUGACCCCAACCCUGAUGACCCUCUGGUUCCUGAGAUAGCCCACACCUACAAAGCAGACCGAGAGAAGUAUAACAGAUUGGCCAGAGAAUGGACCCAGAAAUAUGCCAUGUAAAUGCCAUGAAGAUUUGACUCUUUACAAGCUAAGAAGUUAACCUUUCAGAGCAGUCUCUUAGUGGAAACUCUGGGUUGUCCACUGUUUACUUGAUGCCAUGAGCCAUUUGCAAGGAGUCUCCUAUUCUGUGAAUGAACCCCGGUUUCCCUUUCGCUUUUGUCUCACCUUGGAGGUACCACCUGCAGCCAUUUGGGUACUGACAACUUCAUGCCUUUGAUGCCGAAAUCAGUAGCCACUUUCAUUUACUGAUUUUUAGCCUGGUUCAAACUGGAAUCCACCCUUCCACACCACCUCCCUCGACCUUCUCUUGGAAUGGCAGAAAUGCACGCAUUCCUUUCUUUCGUCUUUCCUCAGGGUGGCAUAUGCUGUGCCCUUCACGCUGCACUACAGGAGCUGAGCGGCUUCCUGAUAAGCUGUCCUAAUAGAACCAAGCACUAGCGUGGUGUGCCCAAGAGAGCCGGAUGAGAUUUCCCCCAGUGUUCAGUUUACUGAAGAACUCUCUCCAAAGAGGAAUCCCGACCACCAGAGACAUUGCAUGGGAUUGGAAAUGGUUUGGCAGUGAAAUGAAACAGUGGCUGGAUUUUUCCACUGGCCAGUCUUUGUAUGCAGUAGUAAUCACAGUCUCAAUUUUUUAGACAGAGAAGCUGGAGAUCCAAAGCACCUGCUGAUAAUGGCCAAGUACUUGUCUCUGCUCUCACAGAAUUACCAGAAAAAAACAAUCAUGAGAUUUGGAAAGAGUUAGGAUUGUGUCAUUUGAAGAUCAUGGAGGACCUUGAAGCCCUGCAAACAAAAGGAGAGAAAGUCAGAAAGUGGAGUGUUUCAUUUGUUAGAUAAAUAAGGGAUGACAGUGGCAGAGAGACUUCUUUUGUAAAUAAACCUAUUGUUUUCCCUUUGACAUAAUCCUUGAAUUAUUCAGAGGGCUGGCUCCACUUUUAUACUCACAUUUCUGUUUUCAUUCAGAAGACAAAGAUUGGAAGCUCUGUCCAGGUUCUCCAGAAACCUCAGCAGGAAUGGUUCAUUGGGCCUUUGGGCUCAAUUAGCUUUCAGGUUUAAACAUUUUUAUUAGAGUUGGAAUAAAUGAAGAAGUAAGGUAUUGGUUGCCUUUAGAGUUUUGUGCAAGAGCAAGAAAAUGAACAGAUUGAGGUUUGUUUUUUUUUUAACCUUAGCUAAACCUUCUCAGAGAAGCAAAAUGCAUUAUUUCAAAACCCAAGAUAAAGAUUUACCUGUCUCUGUUCUCUCCUGGUUCCCAGAGUUGCUUGGCACUUCUUGGGUUACUCCACGAUAAAAUAAUAAUGUUUGGGGGAAUCCAUAGGAGCCAAGUGACUGUGAAACUAUGCAAAUAGCAAAUGACUCCAUCAGGCAAUUGGAGGUUUAAAGAGAAGAUAAAGGAUAUGGAUUUGUUAAACCCUGAACUUGAAGGGCAGCUGAUUACUCUUCUGAAAAAUUGGCUUAGUCCAGAGACUCGAAAGUGAUCAUUAUGCUACUGCCAAAAGAUUUCGCAGAGGAAGCUCGCUAAGUUCAGCUCCUCAUAGAAGACAGAGCAGCUGGGAUUGGCUUCGGCUGCCGCUUUGCCAAGUUUAGACAGGCCCCUGUCCAACUGCUCCCCUGUUGCCAUAAAACGGUGUUCCCUUGUCUUGGGAUUGCCCACGCCCUGCAUCCCUCCUCUUGUCUCAUUGCUCAUUUUCAGUCUUUUUUAAACUAACCCAUAAAUUACAAAUUUUAAACAUAUCAGGUAUUAAGAUUGUGCAGGAGACCAUUAUUAUGGUGUUAGUAUAGAGAGAGUCACUAUGAGGAGUGAAGUGGCAAUUAUGACAUGGGGCUUGGUGCUUGUGUUCACUCACUGUUUGGUUAUACUGCAUCUUGGAUCUAAGGAUCACAAAGCACUUUACAGAUAUGACUUGCGUAGCACACCAUGAGAGGGAGAAGAAGGGAUUGCUUCUCAUUUUGCUGAUGGGGAUAUGGAGGCCCAGAGAGGAGCUACCCAACAUCCUGGAAGCCAAAAUGAACCACAGAAUGUUAGAGCUAGGAGAAUGCUUAGAAACUCAGUGUCUCGAUUUUGCAGAUGAAGAAAGUGAGUUUGCUUGAAGUUACAUAGUGUGGACUUAGCAACCUGGUGAAUACUGAAAAAAAAAAAGUCAUCCUUAAAAAAGAGUUGGGUUUUUUUUAACCAGUUCAACCAAAUUUUUUCAAUUGUCUUCCUUCUACCUAGGAGGUUCCAUGGAUAGUAAAACAAGGAAAAUCCGGUCUUUGUUUCCUCCUCCAACAUCCAUCUUUACUCAGUCUUUGCUGGGAGCUGUUGGCAAGCCCAUACUAGACACUGUAGAUUCAGAGUCCUGAGCUGGAGCCACAGUGUACAUAUCAUCUUUACCCCAGCCAGUCCAGCUGGUUCUUUCACUAGCAAAGUCAGCAGACUUGUCUUCUUUCAAGGGCAAAAGCCGUCAGAUGUAGAGCUAGACAAGACCUUGGAAAUCAUGUGGUCUAACCUGCUUCUUUGACAGACGAGGAAAUCAUUGUGAAAAAAACGCAUGAGGUCAGGCUCUGUUCCACAGGGUAAAGAGGUCUUGUUUCCAAAUGGAUUGCUGUUCUCUACAAAUUCGUGCGUGACCACCAGCUCCCUGCACUUAGGAUCCCCUUCCAGGGGAAAAGACCCAACGGAAUAGUCAGCUAGCUCUGCAGCUUUCUUCCUCCUUUUCCUAAAGGCAUGAUUGAUAUCCGCAAUUCAUGUAAACUGACUUUUCAUGUUCCUAGAGGACCUCACCAUUUGGUAUUCUGGUUGCCAUAUGAGAGUAGUAUUAGCCUCCUUGGAUUUUACAGAAGAUGAAUUUGAAAAAUUUACAAACAUCCUCCUGGUAGAGGACAGAGAAGGAAGAGGUGACUUUUCAGAUCAGUCUGACCAGAGAGGCUGUGCUGCCCCCGAGACCGCCUUCUGAGCAAGGAGCAGCACAGCUUGGUUCUACAGCUACCUCAUCACACUUUCUUAGGGAUUUCUCUGGAAAGCCAGUGCGGGAUUUCUCGGAGUGGCACAUUGGCAGCUUCCUGCGCUCACUGGCUCUGAGGGUCAUCCAGUUGUCAAUGGGAGUUUAGAGCAGGGGCUUGAGAUGACACAGAUCUCCAUUCUCCUGACCUUUUUAUGAAUUUACUUGUUUAUGACUCAUUCUGGUGUUUCCUCCUGAGUAGUGCUGGAGGGAAGGGGUAGAGCUGUAGCUGACUUAUCUGGGAGUGCUAACCAUGCCCUCUGAAGAAACUGGAAGUUGUAAGAGAGCCAGCUUCGGGCUCAGGUCACCAAGAAGCACUGAGGCCCAAGGGCCGGGUUGGCUGAAGCUUCCUGUGGUGUACGCUCAGACCCAUGCCAGAUUUUCUUUCUUAGAAUGUGCUUCUCUCUCCCACCUCCAUGUCAGUCUCAAGAAAUAGGACAGAUAGUGGAGAACCUGCUAGUUUCCUUCAUGGCAGUUUGCUGGCUUCAGUCCCAAAGUUUCCCUGAUUUCCAUCCAGGAAAGGCCCCGACUAAAGGUCUGUGAAAUAUUUGUAUCAGAGAAAUGAAUGCAUUUCAUACAACUUCCUUGAUUGAUCCUCACUACUCCAAGGAUAUUCAGCUGCUCACUGCAGGGCCUCAGCUUCCCUUUGAGAAGUUUGGCCACAGCUUCUAAGGGCAGGAAACUUAUGUCAGCUAAGAUGCACAGGUUUAGCACCUCCCACCCCCAAGAAAAAGGAACAAAGUACCUGUUCAUAGUAAAAGCGGACAGAAUUAGCCUGGAGCUGCCAUAAAUGAGACUGCCAGGAGCCUAUUUAUCAAGUCAUCCACAGUAGAAACUACAUUGAUUUUAUUCAGGCCUUUUUGGAGCACCCCAGUGCUUGCAUAGCAUUGGUCAGUAUUCCAGGGAAAGGGCUGGCUACCAGACAGAGUCCAGCCCUCUAAGAGUUUACAUUCUAGUUAGAUGGAAAUUCAGGGUAUUCACAUAAAGCAGUAUGUAGAUUAAAUCCAGGAUGAGUGUUAAAGACCAGAAGGGUCACUUAGAGUUCAGUGUGAGAAAAGCCUUGUGGAGACUUGAAUUAAAACUCAGUAGAGGGGAUCUGUACAUCUGUACAGGUGAAGGCCUGCAGGCAUGGCCCAAGCCAAAGCUUAGAGUUGAGAAAUAAGCAGGAUUUGUUUGGGGGAACAUUGAGGAAGCCGUCCUCGUUGGAAUGGAUGAUUCUUUUGGGAGGGCGGUAGAGGGAGAUAGAGGUCUCUGGGUUCAGUGGGGAAGGGCUUGAUGGAGGAGGCUUCAGAGUUCUAACCAUCAUGCCCUUGUCUUCCCUUGGCAUAGCUAAGGGAUACAGUAAAGCUCUGCUAUGUUUAUGUAGGAAGUGAAUCUGGCUGCCUGUCUCCGAUGUGUGUCUCUCUCGGGACUGUGUAUCAAGGAGCAAUAACAAUCCUUCUCAGGGCAUUGCGAAUAGAUGGGGAAGAGCAGUUAGCCAGGGCAGUACGAAGUCUGUGAGCUAAAAGCCAACCCGUACAGAUUGUUGAGAGCUGCUUAUUUAGAGUUUGCAUUUUUUUUUAACCUAUGAAAUGCUAAGAAGUAGUUGUCCUCAAAUGUCUCAGAAAUUCAAAGUACAUUGGUCAUGUUAAAGAACAUACUGGUAUUAGGUUGUGUAUUCUGUCUGUUAAAAUGUAAAAUGUCAGGCUGUAAAACAGGCUGACUACGAACUCCUCAGUUUGCUGAAGUUGCCAUCCUCCUUGUGAUUUCACUUCCAUUUGUGUGUGUGAGUCGCCAGUCCACCCUACAUUUUCUUUAGAUCUCUUCCUAUCUGAAGACUGUACUCCAGGGACUUGGGGCAGAUGUGUGCACAUUAUUGCCUGAGCUUUGGGCAUCUGUGAGAAUCCUAAGAAACUGGAAAGGCUUAUAUUGUGGGAAUGAGGGUCAUCCUUCCUUUGGGUGUAGAAAGGACUGGGCCACCAAGAAACACCACAUUUCCUCUUCUCUGGAAGGAUUUGCCCCUUCCUGGAAGCCCAGACGGACUCUACUAACAGAACCCCAGUCUGCAGUCCCUUGAAGCUAUCUUUGGUCUGCCUGCUGCUGCCACCCAGAAGAAAGCAAGCUGUGAUGUGUAGUCAAACAGGACCGUGAUCAAACCCGAGAAGCCCUUUUCUUGCUGUGGGUUUUUCCACACUGUGGCUGGUUGGUGGGCUCCUCCAGUUGCCUAGCACAUUCAUUAUUCCCUACCCUCCGUCCUUUCCAUCCCGCCCCCAACCACUGCCAUCCAGUGCUCAUUACUGCUCAGACCACAACAGCCCAUUACUGUGAAGGGUUUGUAUCUAUUUUUUUUCUCCUCAAGAUUGUGAAGUAUCCAUUUACUGAACCAUACUUGCUGUUUGCCAAGCACCAUGUAGACUGGACACGAUUCCUUUCCUUUUUAAGCUAGGAAAAGCAGAGACUGAAACCUCGCCAAACUCUGCAAUACUGUGGCCACAUGUUGGUUUGAGCAGGGAAAUGUCAUCCUGGAAUUCUGCUGAAAUAUGAUUUUAUUGCUAACUCUGAAUCUUCUCUUGAUGCAUAAGUUAAAUAAACAGUGGUCCUUUCUUACUGGUCUUGCCA